ACAAUUUUUAGUUGAGGUCUAGCUAUUGAGCAGACCGGUCAUUCUUGUUUUUUUUUUUUGUUAACUAAUAUAGUUUUCCAAAUUUAUUUAAUUUAAGUAGAAAAAGAAAAAAAAAAACCAACGAACUCUAUUAUAAGGAUGUAGACACUUUAAAAUGAAAUCCAAGCCCAAAAAACUAUCUUCAUCAAGUGGGUUUGGAAGUAACAAGUCUUCAUUGAAUGCACCAAACCAUAAAAGUUUUUCGAAAUCAUUUUCGUCCACAAAAAAUACCAAUCGAAAGGAACCAACAAUUAAGGAAAAAGACAAGACUAAACCAAUAGUUGAGGACGAUGAUAAGGAUUUAAAUUCGGGCUUUGGAGAUUAUAUUCGGUCGCCAGAGGCUGCCGAAAUGAUGAAAUUGUUUGUUGUUGCCAAUUCAGUUGUCAUCAUUUUAACUAUGGCAUGGCCAGGAAUAAAGGAAAUCUAUAAAACAUUUGAAGAAUGGUGGUUCUACAAAAAUUUAAAUAUCUAAAUUAAAAUAAAAAAAACAACAUAAAAUCAACAUUACCACACAACAACAACGCAAUCAUGGUUGGACCAUUUAUGCAAGGUAUGCUCCUGUUGGGAGUUAUGUAUUGGUAUUCCAAAGGAAUGAUAAAUAUGAUCAAUGAAUA